AACACGGGAUUUUUUUCGAUCACGUUCUCGGUGUGGAAAUCAAAAAGUGCCGAAUUUGGCUGGUCCGGAACUGCUGUUAAUUGCGUUUAAUACCUUCAUCUCCGGUGUGUAAUCCCGUUAGUCUCGUCGAAAAUGCAACCGCAAAUCAUUCUUCUGAAGGAGGGAACCGACACAUCCCAGGGCAAACCACAGCUCGUUUCCAACAUCAAUGCCUGCCAGUCGAUCGUGGAUGCGGUUCGCACCACCUUGGGCCCCCGCGGCAUGGACAAACUGAUCGUGGACAACAAAGGGAAGGCCACGAUCUCCAACGAUGGGGCGACGAUCAUGAAGCUGCUCGAUAUCGUGCAUCCGGCCGCUAAGACAUUGGUCGAUAUUGCCAAGUCGCAAGAUGCCGAGGUGGGUGACGGUACCACUAGCGUGGUGCUGUUGGCCGGAGAGUUUCUGAAGCAGCUGAAGCCGUUCGUGGAGGAAGGCGUGCAUCCGCGAAUUAUCAUCAAAGCCGUUCGUAAAGCACUCACCCUGUGCAUUGCUCAGAUCAACGAAUUGGCAUUUAAGAUCGAGAAGCACGAUAGCGAGAAGCAUCGAGCAUUGUUGGAGAAGUGCGCGGCUACGGCACUCAAUUCGAAGCUUAUCCAUCAGCAGAAGGAAUUCUUCUCCAAAAUGGUGGUCGAUUCGGUAACCACAUUGGAUGCAUUGCUUCCGCUGAACAUGAUCGGCAUCAAGAAGGUGACCGGUGGAGCAUUGGAAGACUCGAUGCUCGUGGACGGUGUAGCAUUUAAGAAAACGUUUGCCUACGCUGGCUUUGAGAUGCAACCGAAAAGCUACAACGACGUGAAAAUUGCACUGCUCAACAUCGAAUUGGAGCUGAAGGCCGAGCGCGAUAACGCCGAAGUGCGCGUCGAUAAUGUAUCGGAGUAUCAGAAGGUCGUGGAUGCCGAGUGGCAGAUUUUGUACGAUAAACUGGCCAAAAUUCACGAAUCCGGUGCUCAGGUUGUGCUGUCGAAGUUGCCAAUUGGCGAUGUGGCCACACAGUACUUUGCCGAUCGCGACAUGUUCUGCGCGGGUCGGGUACCGGAAGAAGACCUCAAGCGUACGCAGAAGGCAUGCGGUGGAGCCGUUAUGACUACGGUUCAGGACAUUAGCGAUAAGGUGCUUGGAAGAUGCGACCACUUUGAGGAGCGCCAGAUUGGCAGCGAGCGGUUUAACGUGUUCCAAGGAUGCCCGAAUGCUAAGACGUGCACCAUUAUUCUGCGUGGUGGAGCUGAGCAGUUCCUUGAGGAGACGGAACGUUCGCUUCAUGACGCUAUCAUGAUCGUGCGUCGUACCAUUCGUAACGAUUCAGUAGUUGCAGGUGGAGGUGCUAUUGAAAUGGAACUCUCGAAAAUGCUUCGAAACCAUUCGCGAACUAUUGCCGGAAAAGAGCAGUUGUUGAUCGGGGCUAUGGCCAAGGCCUUGGAAGUUAUUCCGCGCCAGCUGUGCGACAACGCAGGUUUCGAUGCAACCAAUAUUCUUAAUAAGCUUCGCCAGAAACACGCGCAAGGCUGCCAGUGGUAUGGUGUCGACAUCUUGAAGGAGCAUAUUGCGGAUAACUUUGAAGCGUUCGUGUGGGAACCGUCCGUCAUCAAAAUCAAUGCACUAACGGCGGCAUGUGAGGCCACCUGUAUGAUUCUUUCGGUCGACGAGACGAUCAAGAGCCCGAAAUCGGGAGCACCGGAUGCACCGCAACCGCCGAUGGGCCGUGGCAUGGGCCGUCCUUUCUAAAAGCGACGUAUUUGUCAAUAUUUCACCCUUCGUUUGUUUAUGCCUCUCACUACCAUUCAUUUAACAACACGAUAUAACAUGUAUUGCUCGCAAAAAGGUACACAGAUGGGGAAGCAGCACGCAUUUCUUCGCGUAAUGAUAAGUUCACCCUCGUACUAACACCCAACUCAAACGCCUUUCGUCUGUAACGCUUCCAUUUCAAAGCGGAAUGAAAAUAAACGAUCAUCUUCUUUAAAAUAAUUCCAUCUAAUGCUAAGUUUACCAGGGUUUUGUGUAUUUGUAGUCAAAAUAGCAUCCAGAUUUACCGAAUUGCUUACUACAUGAGUAAAAUCGUGAUCAUUAAUCGAUAUACAACAUUUACAAAGUUGUCACUGACACUGUUUCGUUUCGGUUAAUGUCUACCGUGGAUAUGAUCUUUACUAGUGAACUGACCCACGAACAUUUCGUAGGUGCACUUGAAAUUUAAAAAAAAUCGAUGAUGAGGACAUCCGAUUAGAGUAAUCACUUGAAAGCUGCUUAUCAAUUGGAUACGAAAGCUUUGAAUGUCACAUAAAAGUUAAAUAGCGCAUUCACGUUUGGUUUUUGUCGCACACGUUUGAAUACGAUUAUAAUACGAUUUUAGACGACGAUGCCUUAAUCGAAGUCAGUCAUCAUGGAAGGGUUGUGGACAGUUGUGGUGAUUUUUCUCCAAGCAGUUGUUUGUGCGCUGAACAACUUUGAAGAAGUGAAAAUGAAUACAUCACCCCAUUAUCUAACUUCGGCAUUACAAACCCACUAUCGUAGCUCGAAACUUGCAGUGCAUUUUCGAAUCGAUAUUGAAAAUAGUUCGGCGACAAGUGACACUCAGUUAGAAUUCUUCAAUAAUCUGUUGAGAGAACAAAACCAUUGGAUAAUGGUAACAUUGCUAAGCACGUCGUCGUAUGCUAACCAAGGAGUGCAGAAUGUUCUCAUCGCUAACAAUUAUGAUACGCUUAUGCUAUUAACGCAGA